UCGAGAUGGAAAAGUACUGUACACGCACACGUAGAUCCACUUUAGGGUGAAAAACCCCCCGACCACAGACGUCUUGUUUCUCUGGGCAGGGAGGUGAGGGACAUUCCUCAGCCACAGGCCAGUUUCCACUCAGAGCCCCUGGCUCAGAUCACGCCAGCGUUCUGCUGCUGUUGCUUUCGAGCAGGUUUCUUCAGAGGAAAGGGGGGACCGGGACACGAUGGCUUCCCAGCAGCUCCUGUUGAGGUUAAUGGGGCUCAGCGUGUUGCUGACGGUGUUGGCUCUCGGAGAUGUAUCCAGUGACAGCAGCCUACACAAGGUCUUGAGGAAAAGAGAAGUGGCAGGUGGCGGUAGCGCACCCCCAAAGUCUGCAGUUGCAGUCGCUCCUUCCAAAGCUCAGGAGUUUCUGGCAAAGCUGAGAACAAAGAGGAACAUCUGGGACCGCAACCGACCGGACGUCCAGCAGUGGAUUAUGCAGUUCAUGUACAUGGGCUUUGAUGAGCAGAGGUUGGAGACCGACCUGUCUUACUGGAUGGACCAAGCUCGCAGCAGUGACCAAGGCCGCCAACACCAUUAUGAUGAAAACGCCCCCAUCGGCCCGCGGUACCCCGGCUCCUACAGACACGGAGCAAAUGUCAACUAUGACUACUACUAACUGCAAUGUCUCUCUCUCUCUCUCUCUCUCUCUGUCUCUCUCUCUCUCUCUCUCUCUCUCUGUCUCUCUCUCUCUCUCUCUCUCUCUCUCUCUCUCUCUCUCUCUCUCUCUCUCUCUCUCUCUCUCUCUCUCUGUCUCUCUCACACACACACACACACAUGAAACGGCUUGUUUCUGGGGGCCAUGUUUCUGAAAUGUUCUCACCCACAAAUCUGUGCUCACACACUCGUGGGUUGGAUCCUCAGCACAUCCUGCAUACUAACAGAACCGUACAAAGCUGAGUUUUAACUACCCAAUGAAACACGUUUAGUAUGCAUCGUAAAUCUAUCACACUGUCCUCAGUCACCCGAUGCAAGUGACAAGUGGAUAUGGCCCAUGCAACCUAUAUCACCAUGGUAACUAUGCAACAUCACCAUUUUCUGUCGGAGUAGUGUCCAGCCCAUUCAUAUUUGAUUUAUAAGCAGAAACAGUAUACGUACAUCCGGGCAUGUUUGCACACUACGACGAUUUAAAUGUAGUACAUUAAAAAUGGGUAUUCCAUAGCAAGUAUUAUUGCCGUAGUAGUGGUAUUCCAUAGAAUAUUAUAGCCCCCGGUGGCACAGUGGUUAGCACGGUCGCCUCACAGCAAGAAGGUCCUGGGUUCGAGCCACGGGGUAGUCCAACCUUGGGGGUCGUCCCGGGUCGUCCUCUGUGUGGAGUUUGCAUGUUCUCCCCACUUCUGUGUGGGUUUCCUCCCACAGUCCAAAGACAUGUAGGUCAGGUGAAUCAGCUGUACUAAAUUGUCCCUAGGUGUGAAUGUGUGUGGGCCCUGUGUGAUGGCCUGGCGGCCUGUCCAGGGUGUCUCCCCGCCUGCCGCCCAAUGACUGCGGGGAUAGGCUCCAGCAUCCCUGCGACCCUGGCUAGGAUAAGCGGCUUGGAUAAUGGAUGGAUGGAUUUUAGCCCUCAGGUUUGUCUUAUAGAGAAGCUGUACAGCUUGUGUGACCCCUGAAUUUACACGCCCGUUGGCUAACAUCGGUGUCUUUGCAAACCUAAGUGACUGCUAGUUAAUUGCACGAGGUAGACAGACACUAGAUGUCAGGGGGAAGGAGUAAUAAAAUAAACCGUCCGGCUCUGCUGCUGUCUGCAAGACAAACCCGACGGCUAAAAAAAUUCCACGAGCGCGUUAAGAACAAACUUCAUGAACAAGACCCCUGAUAAAUCCUCAAGACGUCUACUUUUCUCAGUCUCCGUCCAAGUCUUUGAGAAAACAAAACCUCUGUUGAGGACAAAUACUUGAUCCAAGCCCCUGACUCAGGACCAGAGUUCAACACACAUUACACUCUCCCACCGCAUCUUCAGCCUCCACCUCAUCCCUCACAUAUUAGCGCAUUUAUGUGUUUUCAUGUCUUAUAUGAAUGCUACAUAAGUCUGAUUCAAAUUAAUUUGUCUUUUUCUUUUCUUAGUCCAGAAGUUAUCUCCUCCCUGCUCUCUUGAUAAGGCAUAGCUUAGUUUGCUGACUUGCAUGUACUGCUGCUGAAACCUCACAUUUGUAGAAUUCAGUGUGUAAUCGUCAAAAAGGAUUUUGUAAAUAAAGCUAAUGCUAACG